UUUUUCCAACAAAAUCAGUUAACCAAAAACUAAAAAUCAUUCUCCCUUGCUCCCUCUGAUUCGAGCCACCACAACAAACACCAUCAACAACCGCAACACCACCGCACACCCACCGUCCCUGCUCUCCUCCUCGCAACUUCGCAUACCCCUGCCCCCCCUCUCUUUCGUCCCUUUGUUGCACCACCCAACCUCGCAGCCAACACAACCGGCCAUCGCACCACCUUCUAAAUUCAUCUCUGUCCCAAUUUUUCCGACGAACGGCUGUUACCGCCGCCCAGAACAGCCCGGAAAAUACCCUCCUCCCCUGUUUUUCCCCUGUUUCGCGCGACCACCCUUCCCCCUCCCCUGUUGUUCCGCCGCCAUGAACCAACAACCACCAUCACCGACGCACCUUCGCGCCGCCGUGCCGCCCAGGACUCAGCCUCCACCUCCGUUCCCCUCCCCCUCUUUCUCUUCGUCCGUUUCCCUCCUCCCUCGUGCCCUGCCCUCCUCUGUUCUUGCUCGAAGUUCCCAGGAAACAAGUUCCAGAUUGGAACUGUUUUCUUAUUCCCCAUACCAAGCCCAAAAUUGCUGGCCCAAAUAUCUCAAAAAAUUGGACUCGGGGCUCAGGACGAACGGACCAACGAAAAGGCUUAGCAAAUCGUGGAAUUGAGAAUGUCGACUAUCGAGGUGACUAACGAUAUUAACGAUGGAGCCCACAACGAGCACAACGUCCAUGUCAACGAUGACGCUAUCUACGAGGAGGUUGCCCACGAUGAUCCCUAUGACGAUCAACCUAUCGAAGAUCACAAAGAAAGGAUGGAACGAUUAGAAACCGUUAGCACGAUGUUAGCUGAAUUAAUCAAAGAUUCUCAGAAACAGAAAUCGACGAAUGCGAACGAAAAUGCAUCAAUGUUCAAGAAGUUUUCAUCCCUAAACCCACCAUCUUACGAUGGCAAGCCCGACCCUGUAGAAUUCGAGGAUUGGAUUAAUCGUGUAGAUCAGUUGUUUGAGACCUUGCAAUGUCCUAAGGAAUGGAGAGUCGAUUUCGCCGUGUUUUACUUAACGGGUCAAGCAAGUUUAUGGUGGAAAGUUAAUAAGGAAAGGAAGAAUGAGCCUAGAUUUGGUUGGACCGAACUGCAAAAGUUAUUAAGAGAUAAGUUUUAUCCACCAUCCCUGAGGAAACAAAAGGAAGACGAGUUUUUGCACUUGCAACAAGGAACAAUGAGUGUUAUGGAAUAUGCAAACAAGUUCAUGGAAUUGUCAAGAUUUGCACCGGAGCUGGUAUCGACAGAACAAUCUAGGAUGAACCGUUUUGAGCGAGGUCUUCAUUUGAAAUACCAAGAUAGGUUGGCAACUCAAAGGUUUACUUCCUAUCAAGAUAUGGUUGAUAUUGCAGUUAAUGUUGAACGAGUCGUAUUACUUCGAGAAGCACAAAAUGUUGGUGAUAAAAGGAAAAAUGAUAAUCAAAAUCAUGGAGGAGCCAAAAGGCCAAACCAAGGAAACCAUAAUUAUAGAAGAGACCAAGGUCAUAAUGAUAGAGCAACUCGUAGUGUAUGGUGUGCUAAGUGUGGAAAGAGAAACCAUACUGAAAGUGAAUGUCGUGCAGGAACGAAGACGUGUUAUCGAUGUGGAGAAAAAGAUCAUUUUGUCAGGGACUGCCCUAAACCACCUCCCACAGAUGCUGGAAGAGCAACCUCGACCAAUCAUGAACGAAACAACAACAAUGCUAGGGUUAAUCAUGACCCACCACGACCACCAAUAUCUGGAAAGGCUUACAUGAUGAGAGCUGACGAGGAAGAAGAAGAUGACGCCAACGCUGAUACUAUUUCAAUUUAGUUCUUAUGUACGUUUGAACCUAAGUUUCCUGUUUUAGAUUUGAAUCAUGUUAUAGAUCUUUUGUC